AAACAAAAGAGGGAUAAAGGGUGUCUAUAUAAAGAGAGUAUAUUGCAAAGUUCACAAGCAUUGAAAACUAACAUUAUCUCUUGUAUUCAAAAUGGCUUCAAUUGCUAAAAGUUUCUCUCUCAUUUUCCUCCUUGCUCUUUUUACCUCACUCCAAGUUCAUGCAAGGGAUGGUCAAUUUUUCAACAAAGUCCCAAGCAACAAUGGUGUAAAGGAAACACAAACAGUUGUUCCUAACAAAGAGCAAGAGCCAAAUUUCAUGCCUGAAAAUGAAAAUGGUGCUUAUGGCCUUUAUGGCCAUGAAUCUGUUUCCACCCCUUCUACAACAACUACUACUACCACUAACACCAAUAAUCCCAAUGUCAACAAUCUUCCCAACAGCAAAUACCUUCCCAAAAAUUAUAACCCUGUUUCUUAUGUAACUGUUGCUGAGGACAAUACAAAUGAAAAUAGUUUCAAUGACAACAACAAUGAAAUCUCAACCAAGCACAAUAUUGAUACCUCCACUUCCACCACCAACUUGAAUAACAACCAAUUCUACAGUGGUCCCACCAAUUACCGCAGUAACAAUAAUAACAACCAGCAGCAACAGUACUACCACGGCGUCAGCGAUUUCAGUACUAAAAACCACAACAACCAGCAGCAACAGUUUUACAGCGGUGACAGUUUUUACAGCAACAACCAACAGUACAACAACAAUGAUAACGAGGAGGAGAACUACAACGCUGGUAAUACAUAUUAUAACAACAAUUAUGAACCGCAACAGGAGUUGACUGAAACAAGAUUGAGUGCCAAAAGCUACAACACCAACCCAACAAAUUACCGAAACAAUUACAACAACAACAAUCAGGAACAGAGCUACUCCACAAAUUACAACAAUAAUGAAGAACAGAGUUACAGCACUGGGAAUGGUAAUUACAGAGUGCACCAACAACAGGGGAUGAGUGACACAAGGUUUUUGGGAAAUGGGAAAUUUUACUAUGAUAUCAAUGCUGGGAGACAUGCCAGGGAUCCAUAUGAAAAUGCAAAGGAAUUUGCUUCAAUGAACCAGCAGUACAACAACAAGAACACCUAUGGCAACAAUGAGUACAACAACAACAACUUUGAGAAUGAAGAUUUUCAAGAUGAAGAGAACAUGCCUUAAUUGUUCCAAAAAUUGAAAACAAAAAAGUAUAACCAUAGUGAGCCAAAACAAAUGUUAUGUGUCCCAAUUAUGAUUGAUGUUGUUAUCCU